UCGGUUUUUGAAUCGGCUUUUGUGCGCUUAAAACGGCUCAUCCAACUGAGGUUGGAAACGUGUCCUGUACCUGGCAGCUAUAAUGUCUCUCGCAGAUUACUUGGAGUGCAAUAUUGACUUUGAAGGACAACGGUUGGCGGAACUGAUCUCACAAGUCAUCUUGACUAUAUCGGCGAUCGUUGGUUUUCUAUAUGGAUAUGUCCAGCAAUCAUUGGAAGCCACCAUCAUGAUAUUUGGUAUAGGCUUUGCCAUUACCUUGUUGGUUACGUUACCACCAUGGCCAUUCUACAACCGCAACCCAGUCAAAUGGGCCUCUGUACAGCAUGAAAAAGUUGAAGACCGAGCAACAUCCGAAUAGCGGCAAUUGGCAUGAUCAGCCUUACUCGCGACAUACAUCCUUUUUUAAGCAUUGAUUCGGCAUAUUAUACCUACAGAUUUGGGUUUUCAAUGCGACCUUGUUGUUGAAGCAAUAAAGUAAAACGCAGUAAAAAAAAAGAAAGGCAUGUCACCAAACAGACAUU